AUGCCGGUGACCGAGAAGGACCUGGCGGAGGACGCGCCAUGGAAGAAGAUCCAGCAGAACACGUUCACACGCUGGUGCAACGAGCACCUCAAGUGCGUGAACAAACGCAUCGGGAACCUGCAGACCGACCUGAGCGACGGGCUGCGGCUCAUCGCGCUGCUCGAGGUGCUCAGCCAGAAGCGCAUGUACCGCAAGUACCACCAGCGGCCCACCUUCCGCCAGAUGCAGCUCGAGAACGUGUCCGUGGCGCUCGAGUUCCUGGACCGUGAGAACAUCAAGCUGGUGUCCAUCGAUAGCAAAGCCAUUGUGGAUGGGAACCUGAAGCUCAUCUUGGGCAUGGUGUGGACGCUGAUCCUCCACUACUCCAUCUCCAUGCCUGUGUGGGAGGAUGAAGGGGAUGAUGAUGCCAAGAAGCAGACGCCCAAGCUGAGGCUGCUGGGAUGGAUUCAGAACAAGAUUCCCUACUUGCCCAUCACCAACUUUAACCAGAACUGGCAAGAUGGCAAAGCCCUGGGGGCCCUGGUUGACAGCUGUGCUCCAGGUCUGUGCCCAGACUGGGAAUCUUGGGAUCCACGAAAGCCUGUGGAUAAUGCACGAGAAGCCAUGCAGCAGGCUGACGACUGGCUGGGUGUCCCACAGGUCAUCACUCCUGAAGAAAUUAUUCACCCAGAUGUGGAUGAGCACUCAGUGAUGACUUACUUGUCCCAGUUCCCCAAAGCCAAGCUCAAGCCAGGGGCUCCUCUCAAACCCAAACUCAACCCAAAGAAAGCCAGGGCCUAUGGCAGAGGAAUCGAGCCCACUGGAAACAUGGUGAAGCAGCCGGCCAAGUUCACUGUGGACACAAUCAGUGCUGGGCAAGGAGAUGUGAUGGUGUUUGUUGAGGACCCAGAAGGGAACAAAGAGGAGAAUCUGUAA